AUGCCUUCAAAACAAACAUCAACCGAAAAAUCAGGAACUUCAACUCAAACCCCCAAAUCAAUUGAUCAGCCAGAAAAGACCAAUAAUCAAACUAAUAAUAAUAAAGAAUCUGCUAAUGAUGGUUCAAGUACCACUAAAGGUAAGAAAAAAGUUGAAAAAUUAAUUCCUGCAAGUCCUCAACAAGAUGUUUCAUUUGAAGUUAAGCAAAGAAUGAAAUUCGAUAAAAAAUUAUAUCCAAUGGGGAAGUUUAAACCAAAGAAUGUUAUUAGGAAUAGAAAUCGUUCAAAUCGCUUAAGCUCAACCAAUAGUAGACAAAAUCAAAAUCAAAAUCAAAAUCAAAAUCAGAAUGGAAAUUCUACAGCUACUAAUUCUAGUGUGAAUAAUGAUUCAAAAAACAAUCAGUAA